AUGAUUGCCAAUGCUAUUGGUCUGAGAACGCCUCUGCAUAGAUUGACACUGUUUGGUUCCUGCAACUCCAUGAACAUUCGCUUUUGCUUUAAUAGAGGUAUCAUUGGAAACCUUGGUCCCGAUCAGUUUGACCUCCUCAUUGAUAAUAAAGUACUGGAUCAGUUUACCUUACCGAAUCCAAGGACGAGUGUGCACAACCCUACUAACUGGCUUUAUUAUGGUCAGAUUCCUGAUAGAGAGUCAUCUCCUAAAACUCCAGAAGACUAUGAACAUUUUGAAGAUGACAUGCAAGUAUCAGAAUCUGAGCCUGACACUCCUCCUGGAUAUUAUAACAUGAAUCACCCCGAAGGCGAGCCUAUACCUGAGUAUGAACCUAUGCCCGAGGAUGAUCCUGUGCCUGAAUAUGAGCCUCUACCUGAAGAUGAACCCGUUCCUGAGUAUGAGCCUGAGACUCCUACUGGUUCACAAGAAGAUCAAUCUGAAGGUAUGACCGAUGUCGAGCCUGAACAACAACAACCUGCUGCAUUCGCUGAAUCAGUGGCCCAAAGAAAUGCUCCUCCGAGGAUCGAGCAUGCUUAUCAUCCGAUUACACAUGGGCAAGCCAUCGAUGCACUGCAACAUGAAGUUCAGCAUAUGCGCAACGAGUUACAUACUCUACAAAUGCACUUCUUCAAUUUCAUCGACACCCGUUGGAGGCUUGUUAAUGAAAAUCCUCAAGACAACCAACCUGAACAUCCUAACGAGCCGGUGGAUGCAAUGGAACAAGAGUUCAACCAAGCAGAUGCUGAUUUCAACCAACCACCUCAAAAUAAUCCUCCGCCUAUUACUCUCGAUGCCAUGACCGAAGGCCACUACACAGAAAUUGCUACACAAUUGAAUGAUCUCAACAUUCGUGCAAAUGGCUCCCCUACUGAUAGACGUCUACGUGUUCGUACAAGAGGCGCAAGCAGUUCUCGCAACCGCAACAACGAGGAGUAG